AAUAAAAUUGUAUUGUUAUUAUUUCUAUUUUGGGGAAAGAAAAAAAAAGUUGUAUUCUUAUAAUAAUAAUAAUAAUGUCAAGAGUAAAUAUUUUAAAUGUUAGGGUUUUAGACAACCCUUCUCCCUUUCUUAAUCCAUUUCAAUUUGAAAUUACUUUUGAGUGUUUGGAUGAUCUUCCAGAGGAUUUGGAAUGGAAGAUAAUAUAUGUUGGUUCAGCAGAAAGCAUGCAGCAUGACCAACUACUUGAUUCCGUUCUUGUAGGCCCCAUUCCAGCAGGAAGUCACAUGUUUGUUUUUCAGGCUUCACCACCAGAUAUUGCCAAAAUUCCUCUAGCUGACGUUGUCGGAGUCACUGUGGUGUUACUGACUUGUUCGUAUCUCAAUCAGGAAUUCAUACGAGUUGGCUACUAUGUCAGCAACACUUACGAUGAUUUGGAGUUGCAGGAAAAUCCUCCAAAUACGCCAUUGUUUGAAAAGUUGCAAAGAAACAUUUUGGCAAACGAUGUCAGAGUAACCAAAUUCCGAAUAGAUUGGAAUGACACAAAGUCUGUUGAAAACGGAAGCGCUGACGAUAUUAAGGAAAAUGGGAAGUCUGAAGUUAUUGCGAAUGGUGAAAACGUGCCGCCCCUUGAGAACACAGAAUCCACCUCCAACCAACUGCCGGUUGUCAACCACGUAGCUGCGUUUAAAGACUGUGAAAGCAACAGCGUUGGUGGUGGGAUGAUCACGGAUUACCAAAUGAAGACAGAGACUAAAACGGAUGUUAAGACGGAGGUUCAAGAAGACGUCAUGGAAACAUAAUGCUUUGUAACAAACUUAGGAAACAUCCAAGUGCAGCUCUGUACUCUUCAAACGGUAGCACCGAAGCUUUGCAGCAUUCAAAAUUCAGGGUACAAAAUAAUGACACAAUUGUGUAGUGGUUACACAACUUAAAUUCAACACAAUGCCAACAAGAUGUUUAUUUACAAUAAAUUUUGGUGUCAUUAACAAAACUUAAAAAACCAAAUAUAGUGCCAUGACUAACCAGCUUAGUUUGGGUCAUUCUAACAUCAUGAACAAAUUAUUUAAGGCUUAUUUUGUACAUAAUUUUACAUGUUUCAAAAUUGGAUUGGAAACAGAAAUUGCCAGAAAAGAAAAUUGAAAGCCAAAGAAACAUUGUCAAUGAAACUAAUUGAAAUGUCACUUUAACACAAUAAUUGAACACAAUCUUUCACUCUAUAUCGGUAUGAUAAUUAUUUUAAAAUUUUAGUCAGUUGAUGAAAAAGCUGACCAUAUUUAAAAUUUAGAAAUGUGCUUACAAGUUAAAGUGACCUUCCUUGGUUGGAAUUUAAAACCAUCUAUUUAAAAUGUUAUCUGUACAAAGUGUUUUUAUUGUGUAAUUGAUAAUAAUGUUUAUAGCAUAUAUCUCUUCUACAGUAGCAAAAACAUUUGUAUUGUGCCAAUCAUUAAUUGAAAGUUACAUUGUGUAUUAGUGAUUUAUUUACACCCAAUGACUUUUCUCUGGGUUUUUUUUUUCUUUCUGUUUUUAAAACCAAAACAUAUAUUUUGGUAGCAUACAUUUUUUUAAGAACCCUAAAUAAUUUAUUUAUUUUGAUGAAAACAUGUCAGAAAAUAUGAAUCAUUAAAAAAAAUUAUGCUGGUUAAAAUAUAUAAUUUAAUCAGUAUAUCACCUUUUAUUUCAUUGAAAUAAUCCUUAGUGUUUGUAUGACCAGAGAGUGCAAAGCCUGUUAAGUGUACAAUAUUUAAGUCCCUGUUUAUGAAAAAUCAACUGUUUUACACUACAAAUUAUGAUGACAGGAAGUGAGUUGAAUAAGUGGACUUGUUGAAGGCAGGUUCGCAUGGCUGUUAACCUGAUAACCAAUAAAUAUUGCAUAUAUAUAUUUGCGUGUGUGUGUGUGUGUGUAUAUAUAUAUAUAUAGAUAGAUAUAUAUUUAAUUAGCCCCAAUAAUACUUUAUUCAAAUAACUACUUGGUCAUAUCUGAGUUUUUGUCAAUAUUUAUAUAUAUAUUUAUAUAUAUAUUUAAAUAAUUCCAGACUUCAGUAGUUCUUCAUCGUUUUAUUGCUACAGCUCUGUUUCGUAUGGUCAAAUAAUGACCACACUUAUUUAUAUAUAUAUUUAUAUAUUUAUAACUAUAUAACUGAAUUAUAGCUAAGUAGCCAAAAAUAGGAAAAACAGCAUCUUUCAUUUUUAGCAAUAAAUGUUAGAUGUUUAAAAUGUGAAUGAAUGAAUGAAUGUUUAACGACACCCCAGCACGAAAAAUACAUCGGCUAUUGGGUGUCAAACUAUGGUAAUGCAAACUAAUAGUGAUGAUCAACAUCAAUAUAAAAAUUCAAGAUUUAAAUAAAAACGGUGUAAAGAACUGCAAAAAUACAAAUAUCACUGAUAGAUACUGACUUUUACUCAAGGUAAACAAGGGGGUUUGUGCUGUAUUGGCCAUUCUCAAAGCAAAUGUUACACACCUGCACUACGGUGAGGUUACAGCACGCGUAGGGGGUUUAAAAUGUGAGGAAAUUGGUUUAUAAUGGUAUGUUAGCUGAAAAUGAAUAUAUAAUAUACACUACACAUACUGUAUAUGUCAUGUCACAUAAUCCAUACCAUUUUAUUUCCCUGACAUGUUUCAACUGAUGGAUCAAAUCCCCUGGGUGGACCCAUUUGGGGUUUUUUAACAGCCAUGUGAUCCUGCCUUUAAAUACAAGAUUGUUUCUUGCUGUUUUGUUGACUGAUUUUAUUUGUAAUGUGCUGAGCAUGAUGCACAAUUUUGUCUUUCCUGUGAUAAUAAAGGGAAAAUGAUUAGUUUUUCCCUUGAAAUUUGUCACGGCAUGGUAGUCUAAACACCUUUGAGCCAUUUUCAAAAAAACAAAAAUUGAAAUAAGAAUUAGUGUACCGGUACUUGUUUUAAUAAAUUAUUGUCAAAAUAUAUUACAGCAAUAUUUUAUUAAUUAAUAAUAAAUAUUUUGAGUUUAAUAAAGGCAGUUUUAGAAUUAAUUAUUGAAAAAGGUUUGUUUAAUCUCAGGGCAGCAUGGCACUGAUUACGGCAAGAUGGUGCUAGACUACUGAGGCAUGGUGCCGCACCAUGCUAAAACAAGCUAGGGAAAACAGUAGACAGUGAUGUAAAUAUUUAGAAUUUAGCUGUUUCUCAGAAACUUAAAAUGUUACCUCAUAAUAAACUUAAUACUGAUACUCAUCAGGCCCCUGGAUUUCACGGAAAUUAUUGUUUCGGAAAAAAACAUGGAACUGAAAGUGUGUAUUCUUUUUUCGUUAUUGUGAUUAUUUCAAAUGGGUUUUGGUGUUUACUGGAGACGGAAUUGAAAAAGUGUUUGCCAUAAAUUUGAAAUCCCCAAGAACCUGCUCAUGUAUAAAGUAGCAUUACUCCUAUCCACAUCCUUGUGUUAGGAUUAUUAUAUACGUGGUAACAUAUUAUGUAUAAAGUAGCAUCACUCCUAUCAACAUCCUUGUGUCAGGAUUAUUAUACAUUUUACGUAUUAUGCAUAAAGUGGCAUCACUCCUAUCAACAUCCUUGUGUUAGGAUUAUUAUACAUUUUACGUAUUAUGCAUAAAGUGGCAUCACUCCUAUCAACAUCCUUGUGUUAGGAUUAUUAUACAUUUUACGUAUUAUGCAUAAAGUGGCAUCACUCCUAUCAACAUCCUUGUGUUAGGAUUAUUAUACAUUUUACGUAUUAUGCAUAAAGUGGCAUCACUCCUAUCAACAUCCUUGUGUUAGGAUUAUUAUACAUUUUACGUAUUAUGCAUAAAGUGGCAUCACUCCCAUCAACAUCCUUGUGUUAGGAUUAUUAUACAUGUUUACGUGUAGUUCGGUUUCUAUGAAACUAAAACCUUAGCCAAAUAUCAUACACAUAUUAAACAUAAGGGAAUAUCACGUUUGUACCUAUUCAAAUGUUAAGUCAUACAAUUCAUACCUGACCACCCCCACCCCCCCACCCCCACCCCCCAAAAAAAAUGUGGUGCACUUGUUAAGUUAUAUAUAAUAUUACCAUGCAUAACUUUAGUUCCUGACCAUCUUUACUCACACUUUUCACACAUUUAAUUCAUAUUUUGUAUUACAUGUUACUGUUAGUGUUUAACAUGUUACUGUUAGUGUUUAACAUGAUUUGCAAAUAAAUAUACUUGUGCUUCUUU